CAAGCAGGUAGUGAAGCAGCUGCGGCACAUAAACAACAGACUGUUCCCCUUCACUCUAUGAAGUGUAAUUCGCCUAUUUAUUUAGGGGUUUUAAAGAUAAAGUACGCAGCGCUUGAGUAACCACUACAGAUCUUUCGUGCAACACACCAGACAGAAGGUCAGACAUGAGGCUGUGCUUCCCUCUUCUGCUCUGCCUGGCAGCAGCCUUGACAUCUGCCUAUGUGAUUUCACCACCACACAUGUGGACCAAACUGAUCCUGACCCACCACUGGCCAACCACCUUCUGUAAGAUGGAAAAAUGUCAUGUCAACAUCAGUUACUGGACACUACAUGGACUCUGGCCAGAUAAAGGAAUUGACUGCAAUUCAUCAUGGCAUUUCAACUCAUCCGAAAUAGAGGAUCUGCUUCCAGACAUGACGAAGAGUUGGCCUGACUUGCUUAAGCCCUUAUCUCCUGAAUUCUGGAAGUACGAGUGGCACAAACAUGGUACAUGUGCGGCCAAAGCACCUUCUCUGGACAGUCAACACAAAUACUUCAGCAAGGCACUGGAACUAUACCAUAAAGUGGAUUUGGACAGCAUCCUGAAGAAGUUUGACAUCAUCCCUUCAGAAAAAUACUACAAACUUUCACAAGUUGAAGGAGUCAUAGAGAACUUCUACGGCAUCAAACCUAAGAUCCAAUGUAUCCAUCCAUCAAAGAAUGCGGAUUUCCAGACAUUGGGGCAGAUCGAGAUCUGUUUCGACCGCGACUUUACCCUCAUGGACUGUGAGAAACAGUUUACAAUGGAGACGAUAUUUAAGGGAGAAUGGGACAAUCUCAUUGCUGCUGACAAGGCAUCUGGGUUCAAUGUGUGUGACCAUGAUAUGCCAGUUUACUACCCACCACUUUCAGAAAAUGCAUAAAUGCACAAACUGAAAUGUAGCAGUACACUACAACCCUCCUUUUAGAUGCACAAAAACAUACAAACAAAUCAACUGUACUGUGAUUUAACAUGUGAACACACAGUGGAGGACUAUGAUUACAUUUUUCUCAGGCUUUAAAAUGACUGUCAUGAAUUUAAAGAAACCGUUUACCCACAAAAUAAAAUGUUUUCUCUUACCUGUAGCACUAUUUAAUAUAAAUCUAGAUUUGUUUUGAUAUUUGGCCUGUGGUGCUGUUUAUUUCUGUUUUACACCAUGUCCAAACUUUUUUUGAAUCAAGGUUGUUGAAAGAAAUCAGUUACUACAUGAAACUGCCCACAACAAGGUCUAUGGAUUAUCUUGAGUAACGAGAAACCGACAUCACUCUUUUUCUUUUAUUUUGCAAUAGGAGUGCCACAAGCAAAGUGCCAUCUAAUAAUAUUUCAGAGAAGGCAGACAUCUCUACAGCUGAUACCUCCAACACUCGACAACUUACGCCCAAACAAUCUAGACUGAUAAAUACUACUAAGGACACAAGGAAAAUUCUGUAUUUUUUAUUUUGGGUUGAAUUGUUCCUUUAAUGAUAAUGUAUUGAAAAAAAAGCCUCAUACAAUCAGAGCAGGCUGAAAACAUCUUUGAAGUGCUUGAAAAUUCUGAUUGUGACAGGUACUUGGAAAAGAAACUCUUUUAAGUGCAAUGUUCUUUUUAUUUCCUACAAAAAC